AUGUCUCGGCUUAAAGUAAUUCCUUGCUUGAGGAGGUGUGCUUUACGUUUCUAUUCUCAGUCUUCCAUUCCUUUGAAAAUAAAUGGCAAGGAAUACGAGAGUAAUCCAGAAUACACUAACGUUUCUUCUACAAUUUUGAACCUUUGUGAUCGUUCUUUGCAUUUGAAGCCUUCUCACCCUGUAGGGAUAUUACGUCAGUUGAUCGAAGACAAACUCAACUCGACUGAUCAUGCCUACACGACUUAUGCUAACUUUAAACCGGUGGUGACUGUUGAAGAGAACUUUGAUUCACUGGGAUUCCCAGAAGACCAUCCAGGAAGGUCCAAGAGUGACACAUAUUACGUGAAUGAUAAAUAUCUAUUCAGAACUCAUACAUCAGCUCAUGAAAUGGAGUGCUUUAGCAAUAUCAAGGGAUUCCCAAAGUAUGAGCAAUCUAAGAAUCCAACUGAGAAGCCUGGCUUCCUCAUUUCCGCAGAUGUGUACCGUAGAGACGAGAUAGAUCGAACACACUAUCCUGUCUUUCAUCAAAUGGAAGGUGCCCGUGUUUGGAAACGAACUAAGAUCGCUAACGGAGAGGAAGAACCUCAACACAUCGUCAGCCUAAGGGAAGAUCUGCAGAAGUUGAAAGACCAAUUAGCCAAUGAGAAGAUGCAAAUAGUAGUUGAAGAUGACACAUCACUUGAAGGCAACCCCAAGCAAAGUUAUAUGACAGAUUUAGAGGUGGAAUUAUGCUCUCAGCAUCUCAAGAGAAGCAUCGAGUUGGUUGUCGCUCAAGUUUUCAACAAGAGACUGGAGAGUAUGGGGAUGGAAUCUGUGUCAAAUUUGAAGGUUCGCUGGAUUAAAGCAUAUUUUCCAUGGACUGCACCUUCCUGGGAGAUAGAAGUAUGGUGGCAAAAUGAUUGGUUGGAGCUGUGUGGCUGCGGUCUUGUUCGUGAAGAAGUCUUCAAAAAUGCCGGUUAUGAACCCGAAUCAGCAGUUGGAUGGGCAUUUGGGCUUGGUCUAGACCGUAUUGCUAUGUUGCUUUUUGAAAUACCUGAUAUACGUCUUUUCUGGACCCUAGAUGAACGUUUCCACUCUCAAUUCAAAGCUGGUCAAAUCUCUUCUUUCAAACCCUACUCCAAAUACCCAGGCACAAAUAGAGAUGUUGCAUUUUGGCUUCCAGAGGAAAAGGAAUGCAAACCGAUUCAUGAAAACGAUCUCAUGGAAAUUGUCAGAAACAGGGCUGGCGACUUAGUAGAGAGCGUCAAAUUAAUAGAUUCGUUUGUUCAUCCGAAAACUAAUCGUAAAUCUCUCUGUUACAGGAUUAAUUACCAAUCUAUGGACAGAAAUAUCACAAAUGAAGAAAUUAAUGAUAUCCAAAAGCAUGUCCGUGAGGAGCUUGUACAAAAAUUUGGGGUUACUCUGCGCUGA